GAACCGCGCGUGACGUCACUGUUUGCGGAAGUGCCCGGGCGGAGCCGGGUGUCCCUGUCCCCAUGGAGCUGCUGUUCGGGCGCCGGCGCACGCCGGAGGAGCUGCUGCGGCAGAACCAGCGCGCCCUGGGCCGCGCCGUGCGCGAGCUGGACCGGGAGCGGCAGAAGCUGGAGGCGCAGGAGAAGAGAAUCAUCGUGGACAUCAAGAAGAUGGCCAAGCAGGGACAGAUGGACGCCGUGCGUGUCAUGGCCAAGGACCUGGUGCGGACCCGGCGUUACAUUCGCAAGUUCAUCGCCAUGAGAGCCAACGUGCAGGGGGUGGCACUGAGAGUGCAGACCCUGAAAUCCAACAGCGCCAUGGCCAGCGCCAUGCGGGGGGUGACACGGGCCAUGGCCACCAUGAACAGACAGCUGAAGCUGCCGCAGAUCCAGCGCAUCCUGCUCGAGUUCCAGAAGCAGUCCGAGCUCAUGGACAUGAAGGAGGAGCUCAUGAACGACGCCAUCGACGACGCCCUGGGGGACGAGGACGACGAGGACGAGAGUGACGCCGUGGUGUCGCAGGUCCUGGACGAGCUGGGGCUGAACCUGACGGACGAGCUGGCCACGCUGCCACCCCCGGGGGGGUCCCUGGCGGCGGGGGAGGGGCGCGGGGGCGCCGAGGGCGCCGCGGCCGCUUUGGCCGACGCCGACGCCGACCUGGAGGAGCGGCUCAAGAACCUGCGCCGGGACUGAGCCAGGGGCUCCGGAGCGAUGCCGCCGCUCCAGGUCCUGGCGCUGCUGCUCCUCGGAGCUGGAAUCUCCGGGAUUUCGGGAAUUCCCAGGAUUCUGGGGAUUCCAAAAAUUCCGGCGAUUCCAAAAAUCCCGGAGAUUCCAAAAAUCCCGGGAAUUCC